AUCCAUCAACCCAUAUAAUUAACGAUCCUCCUUUAAUUCCUUCCCUAUCCUCUUUAGCUGCAAAUCGAACUUUUACUCCCAAACCCAUCAGCUAUCAAGCUAAUAAGCUAAUGGAGUUUCUUGUGGGCAAAUCCAUUCUCAUUACUGGCGCUACUGGCUUCCUAGCCAAAGUGCUAGUAGAGAAGAUACUUCGCACUCAGCCCGACAUAAAAAAACUCUACCUUCUCAUCAGAGCCAAUGAUUCUGUCUCUGCUAUCAAAAGAUUUAAUACUGAGGUAUGUAAUCUACGUACAUAUAAUUAGCUAGCGUUUCAGUCCAUCAGUCUUUUAAAUUUUCGGUAUCUUAUGUUACUUUCAGAUUUUAUGUAUCCUCUUUCGACUAGCACAUGUUUUUAUGAUAAUUUUAAAUUUACUUGUUGCUACUUCAAAUCGGUUAUGGACAGUGAAUUAUUCAGAGUGGUGAAAGAACAAUACGGUGAAAAGUUUAAGGCCCUUGUGGAGGAGAAGGUGUCCCCGGUGGCGGGUGAUAUUUCCUUCAAGGAUUUGGGAAUUGAAAAUGCGGAGCAGCUCCUUGGAAAAUUAGACAUUAUUAUUAACUCCGCUGCAACCACCGUGUUUGAUGAGAGGUAUGAUGUUGCAAUGAGUAUAAAUACAAUGGGCGCAACAAAUGUUUUGAAUUUCGCCAAGAAAUGCCAUAAUCUUAAGAUGAUUGUUCAUGUAUCCACGGCUUAUGUUUGCGGUGACAAAAUUGGAAUAAUACCGGAAAGGCCAUUCCAUCUCGGUGAAACACUUAAUGGGGAUACUUAUUUAGACAUUGAUGAAGAGAAAAAGGUAAUAGAAGAUAAAUUAAUGGAGCUUCGAGCCCAAAACGCAACGGAAAAACAAGUCAGAACAGCCAUGAAAAUUUUGGGCAUCCAAAGGGCAAAACUUCAUGGAUGGCCAAACACAUAUUCAUUCACAAAAGCAAUGGGAGAAAUGUUGUUAUUAAAGUUUAAGGAGAAUCUAUGUGUGAUAAUGUUACGCCCUACAAUUAUUACAAGCACUUACAAAGAACCUUUUCCUGGAUGGAUUGAAGGUGCAAGAACCAUGGACAUCUUUGUAUUGAUGUAUGGCAAAGGAAGAUCAAACUUCAUGAUGGGUGAUCCGGACUCAAUACUCGACGCGAUUCCUGGAGACAUGGUGGUGAGUUCAAUACUUGCGGCAGUUAUGCAUCAUGGAAGUGACAGUCAUAAUACAUAUAACGAUGACGAGUUGAUAUAUCAUGUUGGCUCCUCAUCUACCAAUCCUUUGACAAUAUUGGACCUCGGGAGUUAUUUAUUUCGCUAUUUUACGGACAAUCCCUGGUCAACCAAGAGUGGGAGCCUUGUCAAAGUAGGCAAGCCCAUGCUGCUUACUAGUUUGAAUGAGUUGCAAAGAUACAUUUCCUUUCGUUAUCUCCCAAUGUUAAAGGUAUUAAAGUUGUUGAACGCGAUACUUUUUCAAUACUUUGACGAAAAAUGUGCGACUGUUGAGAGAAAUAUAAGUUUUGUGAUUCGGAUUGCUGAGCUCUACAAGCCAUACUUGUUCUUUCAUGGAAGUUUUGAUGACACCAACACAAAACGAUUGAGAAUGACUACAACACAAACUAGCAUGACAGAUGUUGUAAACUUCGACCCCAGUUGUAUCCAAUGGGAGGACUAUUUCAUCAAUACGCACAUUCCGGGAGUUGUAAAAUAUGCAUUCUAAUUAUGAAAUGACUAGCGAUUGCUCGCGCAAGGCGCGAUAUCAUAUGCCCAAUGCUAAAGUAAAAUUUCCUCCAAUAUGUAGCUACUCUACUAAUGUAAGAAAAGUCCUAUUAUGUAUGAGAUUUUGAUGAGCGUAGGGCAUGAAACAAUUGUAGCCAGAGUAGUUUUUUUAAUGUAAUUUAUUAUAUACUCCUUCUGUGCUGCUAAGAUUGUCUCAUUUUUCUUUUUUGAAAAAA